GCACAGUGAAAAGUUCUCUCUCUCUCCUCUGUAUCCUUCCCUUUUUUUCAAUACAUACUCGGUAUCCAUAGUUUUGAAUCGAAAACAACAAUGACUUUGACAGCAUCUAAAGGAGUGAGCCACAAGUGGCACUAUACGAAUAACGCCGAUUUCGCUUCCAAGGGUGGUAAGAAGCGAAAGUCGAAAGUGUCUAAGACUACUAGCCAGCCUAUCAAGCGCAUGCAAAGUGCCCCUAUUGCUACGUCGAAGUCGGCAAAGAUAUUUAUUCCAUAUGUCAGUAGCUUGAAGAGCUUCGAUUGUCUUCCCAGAUCACCAGCUCCUCAGUUAUCUGUACCGGCAUCUCCUCCAACCAAAUACUCGUCUCACUUCUACGGCAUGCAGGAAACCCCUCCCCUCGGGAAUACGUACCUUCCUUUGAACUUCGAAGAGGUUCUGGAUUCAUCUUACGCCCGAGCCGAUGCAAACUCGCUCAACAUGCUAAGUCCUUUGUCUGCUAUGAAGUCGGAUUCUUCAUUCGGGGGGUUCGGAUCUCCAGUGAUUGGAACACCACCCAUGUGCGAAUUACCCGGAUUGUCAGACCUUGGUUUGAAUGACCUGAUCUCUAAAACCUUUCCACUACUUUUGACUGAUAACUUACUACAAGAUAACAGUAUGUACUUUAAAGAUCUGUUCCUGAUCAACCCACACCCCGCGGAUCUACCGGCAUUAGUGGACUUUAACAUAGACAACGUUGCUUUCAAUUCUGCGGUUCCCAGCUCGGCCCUCACUAUCUGA